AAAUGAAACCAAAGUCAAGGGCGAAAGCAGGGAUUUGAACGCGUGGUCUGUAUAUGAGCAGAGCCCAGCUGACGAGAGAACUCCGUCUCCUGCAGACUCGCGUAUUUGCCUGCGUCACACGCUACUUCAGCUAUUUAUCGUCAUAUUCCGCAUCAGUUGCCCAAGAAGAUAAUCUAAGCAGGUAUGAUUCUAAUCCGGCUAAGUCGAGCAGCCCUGGGGAGGCACAUCAUGGGCAAGGCAGUGCGCUUCCCUGGAAGAUUUGCUAAUGCCACCACUUCGACAGCUCCAGCGUGCUCUCGCUGUUUCUACCGUGGACCAUGGCGCGACCCCUUUACCCAGAUGGAAACAUUCAUGAGGGAUAUGGAGAGGAAGUUCAAGAGAGACAUUGAUAACAGCCUGAAUUCAUUUUUACGAGAUUUUCCUCGUGCGGGUGCACAUGGAAUAGACACUAAAUCUCCGGUGAUUGCAAAGCCAGGGUUUGGAUAUAUGGAAAAUAUCUCGACAGAGGACACGUACAAACUAGCCUUCAACUUCGUUGAUGCCAAGCCAGAGGAUGUCAAGGUUACCCUUAAAGGACGAACAUUGACAGUCACUGCAAAAGCCGAAGCUUCAACUGAAACAACAAAGUCCUCCUACGGAACAUCUAUCGAGUACCAGCUGCCAGAAGAGGUAAAUGUGGAUGCCCUGGAGUCUUCUCUUUCCCAUGAUGGAAUUCUAACAAUUGAGGCUCCACAAACACCACCCAAGGAGGCAGAAACAUCUCACACAAUUAACAUCAACAGGGAAGAGUAGACGUGCAUACCAGGUACCUGCAGGUUUGAGUACCGCAACACAGCAAACCAAUAUGCACACUGCCAGAAAUGUUACUUUGACACCUACAAGCCAGUGCAAUUUGACUCGUAUUCUAUUGAACAGAAAAAAAGUUAAAAGGAAAGAUCUUACAAAUCUUACAAGGUGUGACAAAGAUUAUUUAUCUAGUAUAAAUCAGUAAGAAAUAAUGUUCAUUUAAAAUAUAACAUUUGAUUGAUUAAACAGGUACAGCAAAUUACUUUCAUUAAUAUUCCUUAUCCAGCAGUUGAUUGACAUGAGUAAUUAAUAGUUGUCUGUAUAUAUACUGUAUAUCUCAUGAGCUUGACUUAAACAUGGGGAUGAUAGAAAUUUAUUUAUAGUAAGCUUUGGCUGCACAAAGAAUGUUUUGCCGGAGUUUUAAAGUAUUUUCGUAGUAUUUUGUUAUACUAAACUAGAAGUUAUAAUUAAUGCUUUUGACUAGGUUAGUAGUUUUGAACUUGUUAAAGUUUAAUACUGUGGAUAUAUAUAUGUAUGGUCAAUGUUACCAUAGGACAAUGUCAUGUAUACAUUGUCAUAGGCACUUAAUUUUUUCAAUAAAAGUUUAAUGGCCAUUAUAAUUGUUGUUAAAUACAUUUAACAAAAAAAUAAAUAAAAGUACCAAAUUUU